AUGCAUCAAAGGCAUAAAGCGAUAAUCGGAUACCUAUCAACGCUCAACGCCUUUAGAACGGUCACAACUUUACGUGACGAGUUGGGACUAGAUACGAUUCUCACAGACCAUGCAAUAAAAGAGCUUGCACGAAUAUUGGAGAAGAAAUGGACAACAAAUACACUCCUUCAAAGAAAGAUCAUGAACCUCCAGUCCGAGGUAGACAGACUAACGGAAGAACUGAAAUCAUUUCCUACAUCUCAUUCGCGUCUUAGAGAUCCCAGAAAUUGGCUUCCAGGAGAACCAACUCAUACUCUCAAAUCCCACAGAGCCGCCAUCACAUCCAUUGCUUUCCACCCAACAUUCCAUUCGUUGGCUUCCAGUUCCGAAGACUACACCAUCAAGAUCUGGGACUGGGAGCUAGGAGAACACGAAAAGACUCUCAAGGGACACACGAGAACAGUAACGAGCCUCGAUUUCGGCGGUACAAAGGGUCAGAUCCUGCUUGCUUCAUGCUCCACCGAUCUCACGAUCAAGAUCUGGGAUCCCAGCAUCAGGUACGCCAACAUUCGUACUCUGGUGGGACAUGAACAUUCCAUCUCUUGCGUUCGAUUUCUACGCCCCGGUGACAAGACCCUUGUCUCGGCUAGCCGCGACGCCUCAAUCCGCAUUUGGGAUGUCUCAACCGGAUUCUGUUUGAAAACCAUCAAUACCUCCUGUGACUGGAUUCGAGAUGUGAGCCCCUCUUCUGACGGUAAAUGGCUCGUAUCAGGCGGUACUGAUCAUGCCGCUACUAUCUGGAAUGUCGCUUCGGGUGAUGCACAAGCUAUACUGCGUGGUCACGGGAACCAUGUUGAAUGCUGCGCAUUCGCUCCUGCAGCUAGUUAUUCUUACAUUGUGGCGUUGUCAGGAGGAAAGAUACCGCCUUCUGGAGGCUCUUCUGUUGGAUUUGUUGCCACAGCUGGGAGGGACAAAACGAUCAAGCUUUGGGAUUUCAAUGGUUUGCUUCUCAAGACAUUGGUAGGCCAUGAUAACUGGGUUCGAGGCUUGGUAUUUCAUCCCGGUGGUAGGUUUUUGCUCAGUGUGGGCGAUGAUCGGACUCUGCGGUGCUGGGAUCUUGCUGAAGAGGGGAGACUGUGGAAAACCUUGGAGGACAUUCAUGGGGGAUUUGUCAGUUGUAUUCGUUGGGCACCCUGCGCGAUGAAUGACUCUGAAAAUCAUGGUUCACCAGCAGUGGCUUUCGGUGCCAGCGUAGGAUUAAGAGGGGAGGCUAGGGAAUCUGGUGUGCGAUGUGUUUUGGCUACUGGUAGCUCAGAUUCUAAGUUGCGCGUCUUUAUGUAA